GGCAUCUUAGCAAAGCAUACUCAUGCUCUGAAAAGCCACCUUGUAUUGCAAGAACACCAACUUUCAGGUUCAUUUUGUGGUAGAGCAAAGAUGCUCCAAAUAGCUCCAAUGAUUUGUUAAACCGAAAGUAUUUACGUCCAGAGAGAGGAAAAGCGUCCUAUAUCAUACACAUUUCCUGUGAAAUUUUUCCUGUUGUUACAUCAAUAUUACCCAGUCUGAUGUAAUAUCAGGUGAAAUAAGAGCUCGUGAUCAUCGAAAAAUAAUCCAAUUCUCCAAUCUCCUGUUCUGGGAAGACCCUUAAAAAGUAAAGACUCCCAAAAAGGCUUUCACUAUUAAAAACAGAACCAUGCAAAAUCAUAUUGCUGUUGAUAAUGUUGUAAAUCUUUCAAAGAAAAGCAUCAUGAAUGGACAAGUAGCAAACCAUGUUAAAACUGAUGUGAAUCAUCAAACAGGAACAUUUAAGGUGAAGUCAGGCUUAGCUCAAAUGGCAAAAGGUGGCAUUGUCAUGGAUGUCGUAAAUGCAGAGCAAGCAAAGAUUGCUGAAGCAGCUGGGGCAUGUGCUGUGAUGGCUCUAGAACGAGUGCCUGCAGAUAUUCGUAAACAGGGUGGAGUGGCAAGAAUGUCAGAUCCAAAGAUGAUUAAGGAAAUCAUUGCUGCAGUGACAAUCCCAGUUAUGGCUAAAGCUCGCAUUGGACAUUUUGCUGAGGCUCAGAUCUUGCAGGAAAUUGGAGUGGACAUGAUUGAUGAGAGUGAAGUUUUGACUCCAGCGGAUUACACCCACCAUAUCCACAAACAUCCAUUCAAAAUCCCCUUUGUAUGUGGGGCUCGAAACUUGGGUGAAGCAUUGAGAAGGAUUGAUGAAGGAGCCGCUAUGAUCAGGACAAAGGGCGAAGCAGGAACUGGUGAUGUUGCAGAAGCAGUUCGUCAUGCAAGACAGAUCAACAGUGAAAUAAAGCGAGCACAAUCCAUGGAAAGUUCUGAGCUUUAUGCGUAUGCUAAGGAGCUUCAAGUGUCGUACGAACUGCUGAAGAAGACGGCUGAGUUGGGAAGAUUGCCGGUUGUCAACUUUGCUGCAGGGGGCCUGGCAACACCAGCUGACGUGUCAUUGCUCAUGCAGUUAGGCAUGGAUGGUGUGUUUGUCGGCUCGGGCAUCUUCAAAAGUGGGAAUCCGACCAAGCGUGCGCAUGCUAUGGCACAGGCUGUCACUUACUAUGAUAAACCAGCAAAAAUAGCUGAGCUCAGUGAGGAUCUUGGGCAAGCUAUGUCAGGACAGCCGGUCACGGAUGAAACUAGAAUCUUUAGUUAUAAGUAGAACAAUUUAGUGACGAACUAUAAAAAACAGGAUUUUCUAGGAAAUGUCUGUUGACAUUGUCGCAAUACUUUAAUGCUAACCAUAAAUUCUGGUACAUUCAGGAAAUUACGUCUUGAGAUAUUUAUCUAUUGGAAUAAAAUAGAGCUUAUGUAGUUCUUUCUAUCCCA